AUGGAUUUACCGGUGCUCUUAUAUUCGGCUACGGCUACUCUUUUGGUGAUUUUUAUCCUUAUAGCUAUUGUUGUGUUUAUUGUUAGCUGCUUUCAUCUUCUCAGGAGGCAUAGGCUUACGUGGAAAAGCUCAGUCAGCUCAGCAAAACUGGUGUCGAAAUCACUGGAUAUGGCACUUGAUGGUAGCAUCGAGCAGAUUGAUGUGGAGAGGAUAAUAAAUCGUCGUCAGGAAAGGGUUGCAAAAUCUGUAGAAGAAAGCUCGGAAAAGCAAGAGGAGCGAAUAUGCCCGUUGGAGUGUAUUGAUAACGAUACAGCAGCGGUGCUUGCCGUUGAUCAGCUUUUAGAUACUUCAUUUCUAAUUUCUGAUGAAGAGCUCGCCUGUUAUGCACCUGCCGUUGACAUGGAAAUUCUCGCUGCGCGAAGGGAUCGUGUAUGA